CGGUCCAUGAAAAAUGAAGUCAUUCCAGUGAAGCCCAAAACUCGAAAGUGGAAAAAUACACUCCCGCUCACUUCGUCUUUUCGAAAUAUUUACGCUUCUGUGUCAGAGUAGGGUUACAGUUCAAUCUGGAUUAUUCAAAUUCAAUCCAGAAACUUGGAUGAUGACUGCCCAAAUUAGAGGCUCCGGCCCGGAGGAUCCGCUGGAGGGCUACUCGGGUCUAGCGCUGUUUCCUAGAACACUUGCCUCUAUUCCAAACGCUCCUAAGCCCUACGAUCUCCACGAUCUUCAUCACGUCCACAAUUUUCUUAAAUCCAUGACCUUACCAAGCCCAAAUAUGAUUUUGGAGGAGACAAAAGCCGUUGAAGAUAGUAGUUCAGGACUCGCUGGAUCUGGAGUCCCAAGUUAUUUAACAUCAAAGGACAAAAAUGAGCAUGCUGCUGCAAAGGGUACUGAAAACCCCCAAGAACGGAGACCUGCUUUAGGUCGCAAGCGAGCUCGGUUUUCUUUGAAGCCUUACUCGAGUCAGCCUACUGUGAAUUUGGAAACAAGUUUGGACAUUGAUAAACUGAAAGAUCCAGAAGAGUUUUUCUUGGCUUUUGAAAAGCUUGAGGAUGCAAGAAAGGAGUUACAAAAACAAACAGGUGGUGAUUUCGUGGACUUGAAUCCACAAAAUCCGUCAAUCGCUGCCCGGCCUCGUCGGCCAGGGAUUUUGGGGAGGUCGGUUAAAUACAAGCAUCGCUAUUCAGAUGCUCUGUCCUCUCAAGAAACUUUGUUGGAAGAGAGCAUUCUCAGUCCAUCUGGUUACAUUGUGCAACAAGAAAAAACCAAUCAAGACAAUGCAUCACUAGAAAGCGAGCUAGCUGAUGCAGCAUUGCAAGAAACUGAAUUAGCUGGUUCAAUAGCCAAGUCAGAAAAGAAGGUUAAUGACCUCUUGGAUGAAUUGCUGAGCGAUAAUUGUGGAGGGCUUGAUGGGGAUGAUCCAAUCUCUCUUUUACAAGAGCGCUUGCAGAUUAAACCAAUUGAUCUAGAGAAAUUACAUCUCCCUGAAUUGCAAGCUGUCCGAAGGAUCGAUUUAAAGGCUUCAGGAGCAAAAUUGCCCAAGCCUAGACAUGUAUUAUCAGACAUACAGAAUUUGUUAAAAGGAGUUAGCAGCAAAACCCCAAAAAAGCAUAAGCAGGCAGAAAGUCCUGUUUCAUCUUUAGCUUCUCCAACUCCAGCAAAGAGUCCACUGAGCUCAAUAAUAUCGUUGAAGCAACGUAUCUUGCUGUCAAAUUCACUGAGUGAUCCAUAUUUUCCUCAUGAUAUUGACCUGUCAACUGCUAAAAAUCAUCCUGCUUCUGAUAGUAUUGGAACAGAAGCUGAUAAGGUUAACAUGGAAAAGGAGUUGAGCACUUAUACUGAGGUGAAGUCUUCCAUGAUGGAAGAAAGUGACGCUGCAGACAUUAAUCUUGGUUUAUCUCAUGGGAUGACUGGAAAUGCUACUCAUUCAUCUGACAAAACGGUGAAUGAUAAUUUAACUAGACUUGGUUCUGGAGUUGGUGUAGUCUCAAUUGGAUCUCAUGCAUCUGUGGAAAAUGAGAACCAUAGUGGUUGCAUGGAGAUCAGGGUUGUUAAUGAGAUUUUGGCUAGGUCUGAUGCUGUAUCAGAUCCUCAGACAACUGGCCCAAAUGAAUUGGAUGACAAGGUACACGAGAAAGAUACACUGCAUGAGGCUGGAGAUUUUCUAUGCCCAGAUCUCAACAUGAAGGACUCAACUGUGGAAAUUCUGAACAGUAGUCAGAAUCAAGAGAAUCUUCCUGUAGUUGAAGACCGUGCAUCUGAUGGGCCCUCCAAUACUGCAGACACUGAUCCAGGACAGCACAAAGAGAAAACUCAAAUUGCUACUGAGGAGCCACUAAAUGAUCAAAACAAAGUGAAAGCACAUCCACUCAAAAAAAGCAACCGAGAAAAAGUUUCUCGUAGGAAAAGACUUGCAGGUCAAGCAAAUCAUCUUGUGGUCGAAGAACAUGCAAUGGAUGGGUCCUCCAAUACUGCAGAAACUGGUCCAGAAAAGCAUACCAAGGAAGUUCUAUCUACUGGGGAGCCACUGAAUCAGCAAAGCAAAGUAAUGUCGCGUCCAAGCAAAAAAAGCAGACGGGAUGAAAUUUCUCGUAGGGAAAGCCUUGCAGCCUCUGGUACGUUGUGGGAAUCUGGAAGAAGACGAAGCACCAGAAUUAAGUCAAGACCUCUGGAGUAUUGGAAAGGUGAAAGAUUUUUAUAUGGGCGCGUGCAUCAGAGUUUAACAACAGUUAUAGGGAUAAAAUAUGCAUCUCCAGGAACCAGUGAUGGUAAACCUACCGUCAAGGUGAAGUCUUAUGUCUCUGAUAAAUACAAAUAUUUAGUUGAUCUAGCCGCCAGGUUUUAAGAUGAUGAGUUGGCCUUCAUGCACUGGAUGGAACACUCAGUGGGGUGUCACAUGAUCUUAAGCUGAUGCUUACGGUUGUCUUGGUCAUUGUUUUGAGCUUGUACGAGUUUCAGGAUGUAAAAUGUCAAGCUUGCAUCAUCAACAACUUGAUUGAAUCAUUGUUUUCUCAGGUAGAAAUACUUCAUUUCUGCACGAUGUUCUUCCUGGAAUCUUUCAUGAUCUAUAUUCUAGGUAUCAAAGGUUACUCUCUGAACUUUAACUAAAUCAAACUUUGUAAUUGGAUUGUCAACAAGCCAAUCCUUUUCUAAAAACUUUGUAUUGAUGCCUGAAUAUGUCUCGUAAUUGCAUAACCUGUUGUGAA